UGUUUGUCCGCGCCCGGCCUGGCCCAGCUGUGGGGCCUGUGGCGGCGGCGGCCUGGGCCCGGUGCGGGGCGGAGCGGGGCUCGGUGCAGGGCAGGCGGCCCCGGCGGGCGGAGGCCGGGCGCUGUGGGCCCCGCGGGGCAGCCCCGUCCCGCCGGCGGGGGCCGAAGAUGCGGCGGUACCUGCCCGUGGCCCGGCAGCACUUCCUGGCGGCGCUGGCCGGCACCAGCGUGGUGGUGAAGUCGCUGAGCGCCGCCGUCCUCCUCCUCUACCUGCUCUCCUUCGGCCUGGACACGGCCUACGGGCUGGGGGUGACCCCCGGCUACCUCCUGCCCCCCAACUUCUGGGUGUGGACGCUGCUGACGCACGGGCUGGUGGAGCAGCGGGCCUGGGGGCUGGCGGCCAGCCUGGCCACGCUGGGAGCGGCCGGCCGGCUGCUGGAGCCCCUCUGGGGUGCCCUGGAGCUCCUGGUGUUCUUCGCGGUGGUGAACGUCUCGGUGGGGCUCCUGGGGGCCUUUGCGUACUUCCUCACUUACGUGGCCUCCUUCCACCUCGCCUACCUGUUCGCCGUCCGCAUCCACGGCGGGCUGGGCUUCCUCGGGGGGGUCUUGGUGGCCCUCAAGCAGACGAUGGGGGACAGCACCGUUCUGAAGGUGCCCCAAGUCCGAAUGAAGGCUGUUCCCAUGCUCCUGCUCCUUCUUCUGGCCGUGCUGCGGCUCGCCACCCUCGUCGAGAGCAAUGUACUGGCCUCGUACGGCUUCGGGCUCCUCUCCAGCUGGGUCUAUCUCCGUUUCUACCAGCGGCACAGUAGAGGCCGUGGAGACAUGUCUGACCAUUUCGCCUUCGCCACUUUCUUCCCCGAGAUCCUGCAGCCCGUGGUGGGGCUGGUGGCCAACCUGGUGCACAGCAUCCUGGUGAAGGUGAAGGUCUGCCGUAAGACAGUCAAACGCUACGAUGUGGGCGCCCCGUCAUCCAUCACCAUCAGCCUGCCAGGGACGGACCCCCAGGACGCCGAGAGGAGAAGGCAGCUGGCUCUGAAGGCCCUGAACGAGCGGCUGAAGCGCGUGGAGGACCAGUCGGCCUGGCCCAGCAUGGAGGACGACGAGGAGGAGGCAGCAGCCAAGGCCAGCAGCCCGCUGCUGCCCGACCCUGGCGCAGCCGGGAAGGGCACCAGCCAGGAGUCUAGCCUCAUCACCUUCCAGGAUGCCCCGUCCCAGCUGUGACCGGCCGACACGCUGUCCCCCUUGCCCGCCCCACCUCCAUCGGAGAGCUGCUGACCCCCUCCGCAUGCCCCCCGGCAGCUGGGACGCUCGGCGGGCAGCGGGGACUCCUGCAGCAGAGCCAGGGGGCUACCUCAUUCCGAUGCUUCGCUGCCACUCGUGGCCAGCGCCAGGCACCCAGCACGACGCCGCUGCAGCCACGGCGAGGACGGGGGGUCCCUCGGGCCGCUCCCCCUGGCGCAGGGCAGGCCAUGGACGUCGGUGCCGGCGGUGGGGGCUGCUCCAGGAGGGGACAUGAGGCUGAUCCCCACCCCAAGGCCACUGCGCUCGCCCACGCAGGAGCAAAGUCACCAGCGCCUCUGCUUCCCCUCUGCGCCGGGGCUCAGCCACAGCGCUCAAUACUCGUUUCCUCUUUUCUGAAGGUAGUUGUGUCCCUAACUGAGGGAACGGGACGGUUGGUGGGUUCCUUUUCCAAAUCCCUUUCCCAUGGAGAGCCUGCCCCAGCAGGAGCUCGCCGUGACCAGUGAGAGGUUUGCCAGGCAGGGGGACAGGCAGGAGCGGGUCACCCAGCCCCUCCAGCUCUGGCCUUUGCACGUGGGGGUUUCUCCCCUCUCUGCCCCGCCCCACCCUGAAGGCAGCCCCGCAAGGAGCUGCUGCCCCCAGCCGCUCCCUGGAUAAUCCGUUUGUCAGACUACACUAGAAGCUGGAGUUAAUUUUUACAGUGGGGCUCUCGCUGCUUCCUCUGGCAGCAGGUUUUCUUUCCUGCAGGUAGAAUACGGGCUCCCCCUUCUCUUUCCCUCUCUCUGUGUUGAUGGGCUUUUUGUUUUUCCUUUCUGGAGGGAGAAGAUGCUCCCUGUGACAGCCUCCUCGCAGCCCCCAGUCCCCUGGGCACUCCCCAGCCCGGGAUGUGGGUCAGUGGUGUUGUGAUUAUUUUUUUUAAAGGACCACACAGGAAGGUUUUGUCAACUGGGAAAAACACAGAAGUUUCAGUAUCAAUAAAGAGUUCUUUGAAA